AGGAGGAGGAGGAGGCGGAGGCAGAGGGAGGCGCCGUCCCCAGGCAGAGGGGCGGCAGCAAGGGGCCCCCCCCUCGCCCCGCUCCUCCCCUCGGCGCCCUCCGCCGAGCAACUUUGCUGCCGGGCGGCUGCACGGCCGGGGGAUGCCGGCGGCGGCGGGGGACGGGCUGCUGGGCGAUGUGGCUGGCGGUGGCGGUGGCGGUGGCGGUGGUGGCGGUGGCGGUGGUGGCGGCGGUGGCGGCGCCGUGCCCGGUCCGGUGGCGGCGGAGGGCAGGCUGCUGGCCGCCUGGCUCAGCGCCGCGCCGCCCCGAGAGCGGCUCCGCGACUUCCAGCACACCAAGCGCGUCGGAGGCUACCUGAUCGGCAGGAAGCUGGGCGAGGGCUCCUUCGCCAAGGUCCGAGAGGGGCUGCAUGUGCUCACCGGAGAGAAGGUGGCAGUGAAAGUAAUUGACAAGAAAAGAGCCAAAAAGGACACUUAUGUCACUAAGAAUCUGCGACGGGAAGGGCAGAUCCAGCAGAUGAUCCGCCACCCAAAUAUAGCCCAGCUGUUGGAUAUACUGGAAACUGAGAACAGCUACUACCUUGUCAUGGAGCUGUGCCCUGGUGGCAACCUGAUGCACAAGAUCUAUGAGAAAAAAAGACUUGAAGAGCACGAAGCACGCAAAUACAUCAGGCAGCUUAUUCUGGCUGUAGAACAUCUUCAUCGGGCAGGAGUAGUCCACAGAGACUUGAAGAUAGAAAAUCUGUUGCUAGAUGAAGACAACAAUAUCAAGCUUAUUGACUUUGGACUGAGCAACUGUGCAGGCAUCUUGGGUUAUUCUGAUCCAUUCAGCACCCAGUGUGGGAGCCCAGCAUAUGCAGCCCCUGAACUUCUGGCAAGGAAAAAAUACGGGCCCAAAAUAGACGUUUGGUCCAUUGGGGUAAACAUGUAUGCGAUGUUGACUGGAACAUUACCUUUUACUGUGGAGCCAUUCAGCUUGAGAGCUUUAUACCAGAAAAUGGUGGACAAAGAAAUGAACCCUUUUCCCACCCAGCUCUCUACAGCGGCCGUAAACUUUCUACGAUCUCUGCUAGAGCCAGAUCCUGCAAAGAGACCAAACAUCCAGCAGGCACUUGCAAAUCGGUGGCUUAAUGAGAAUUACCCUGGGAGAGCACCACCUAAUGUAACAUAUCCAAACAGAAUCCACCUGGAGGACCUCAGUCAAAGUGUGCUGCUCCAUAUGACUGAGAAGCUCGGCUACAAGAACAGCGAUGUCAUCAACACUGUGCUCUCAAACAGGGCAAGUCACACGCUUGCCAUCUACUUUCUGCUUAAUAAGAAGCUGGAGCGCUAUUUGGCAAGCCUCAGGAAGUCUGAAGGCCAGGACAACAUUUGCCACAAGAACCAGCUAUACCAGAUAGAAAAGUACAAGGCAAAUAAAGACUCCUAUGAGGACAAAAAACUCAAAGAGCAAGAAAAGAAAGGGGAGAUUCUUCACCGUCAGCUCCCAAAGAAAGCUGAGAAAAGUCCAGUUUCAUAUAGACAGCCUUCUUCCUGUCUUAUCUCACAGAUACAGAACACCAAGGCUCUGCUGAGGGACCGAAAAGCUACCAAGGCUGGAGGUGCAGAGAAAGACUCCACUGGCGGGUUAAGCCCUUUCCACGAGCCCGUGGCGACCAAGACGGGCUGCGUCACAUCCAGCUCCCUGGAGUACCUGGAGGUCCAGCCACCGCUGCCCAGGACCCCGCGGCUCCUGAAGAGGCAGGAUUCCCCGCAGCAGGAGCCAGCCCGGGCCGGGGGCCGGGCCAAGGACUCUCCUCUCAUCCUGAAUAUUGUGCACUCCUUCGAGUCCGUCGACAGAGAGGACCAAACAGACCAGGUUUCCCCCUCCCACCAGUACAAGGUUUUAGGCUCGCCCAUGAAUUUCCCGUACAAAAGCUCAAGUGAAAGGACACUCUCCCCGCUUUUUCAGCCAGGAAGUACGUCCCCAGUCCACCCCACCCAAGUCUCUUUCACAUACGAGGAAAAAGCAUAUCCCACAAAGGAAGAAGCUGUGUCCCCUACUCAGCUCUUUUCCAACAACCCCCUGGGCAGCCCUAACUGUGUUAAAAGCAGGGGCAGGUUCCCCAUGAUGGGGAUUGGACAGAUGCUGCGGAAGAGGAACCAGACGAUGCAGUCGGCGAGCGACAAGCCGCUGGAAGCACGGAUGCCUCAGCUGCAGCAGAUGAGCCCCACGCAGAUCACCUUCAAUGCUGCAGACGCCGUCAGCGGCCAGUGUUAAUCUGGCAGGCCAGGAUUUGUACUGCUGUUGUCUGGGACCUAGCCUUUUUAAUUGUUAAAAAGAGGGGAAAGCCACAGGCAUGUUACCGUUGCUACGUAAUACACUACAGUUGUCCAGCGUAGAAAGUCAGAGAUCUGCUUGUAAGGAAGGGGUUGUCCUACGUAAUAAAGCUGAAAGAAGAGGGCUCUGCUUGGGCUGUUAAGAAAUAUUAGCAUUUGGCAUCUGACUGUACAGUAAAACAUAUUGAAAGAGCCAUGUUAGUCUGUGUUUUCACUGCUGUGAUCUAGUAUUGCGGUAAGUAGGUUGGAAGAACGCUGAGCAUUAAUGAUUUGAUUCAUCAAGGUAAUUGGUGUGGUGCCAUGAGCGCUGGUCCCAUCAGGACUAGUGGUAAGACUGUCCGUGCUCCACCUGCCUGUGCCACACUGUAUGUUGUGCUCUUACAGGUAUUGCUCACGUGGCUCGACAAGUGGAAAAACUCGAGAUGCUGUUUCCAAAAUCAACUUGCUAAAAAGCACUGCCAAGAAGAUAAAGUUGGUAGAAGCUUGAAUAAAGACAUGGGCGAUCUAAACAUUUAGAAAAAGUGGGAAUGUUGAAAGUCAAAGCAGCUCUUAGUUAAUUACAUAAAGUAGCUAAUAAUGGAAUCAGUUUUUUCUAAGGAAAAUGAUUUAAUGAUGUCAUUCAGAAGAAACACAAUUAUUUUAAAACAAGGUACAUCCCAUGGAGAUUCGAUUUACCAUACUGAAGGCCCGUUCCUUUCAUGUAAUGGGUUUGCAAGUGGAUGCUUUAGGCAGUAAUCCCAAUUGCAACACGCUGUGUUUAAACAACCCAGUCACCUCCAAUUUUUGUAGCUGUACUAGCUCCACUCCUGUGUGCAGGAUUGCAGUAGCCCCUGUUACAGCAACACAGCACUGGACAUACCUGAAGGCUUUUCUGAGAGACUGCAGUGAAUUAAAGAGACUAAUAAAGGACAUGUGAACCUGUACCAAUGCCGUUUUAUACUGCAAGAUUGGUAAUGCAGUGGUUACCAAAAAUUUGGUAUCGUUAUGAGCUGUGAAGAUUAAGUUUCUUAAAAGGCAACAUGUUCUGCAUACUGGUCUUGUUUUCCUAAGUAAAUGAUACAUUUGAGGGGUUGGCAACAUCUUUUGGUUCUGUUUUUGUGUUCUCACCAUUUCCUAUAAACUAGAAGGUUUAGCCAAAGACUAUGCUUUUAUUUCGUCUGUACUGCGCUUGCAUAUGUGUUUGUGUAUACGGGACAUCUCAGCAAAGCUUGUACUAAUCUGGUCCCCCCCUGGGUACCCCACUGCUACCCACCCACCUCUCGCCAUUCCACAAAUGGGGCAGCAGAAGCAUUGCCCUCUCACUGGGGUCUUUACUGGAAUAUAGGGAUUUUGCAUCAGUAGGAACCCACGUCCUAUUUUUAUCAGUGUUAUUGCAAAUGAUUUUAGAGCCCCACUGCUUUGGUUUCUGUACGAAUAUGGAGAGUUUCCCUUGUUUGAAAAGCUUUCCUUCCAGUUUCAUGAGGUGCAGAAGGACUGGGGGAGUGGGGCCACCAGAGGCGGUGAAAGGGUCCCCAGCAGAGCCCAUAGCUGAGUGCAUAUUCCUCAUUUUCCAAAAAAAACCAAAAAGGUCAUCAGUCCAAAUACUAACAGCGUGGAUAAUUGGACUGUUCAGUAUUUUGAGUGCUUGCUGGAAAAACCAGCAGAGCAUGAAUGCUCAUCCCUGCAGAUGGGACCUUCACCUCGGCUUCAAAGCAGCCUGUCAGGUUGUACGGGGGAGUCUGCGUGCUUCCUACUGUACUCUUCAGGGUAGUGAGGACGCACGCCUCUGUGGUACUUAAUGCAGCUCUAAAAUUAUAUACAUAGAAAUCCUCACUUAUUAAGAAAGCCCUGAAAUACUUUUGCUUGUCUCGAGAUUGAAAGUUGCUAUCUUCUAUUUGUACGAAACAUCCGUGUAUCCCAGGGGUCCAUUUUAUCUCUUCCUUUUGUUUAAAAACAUCAAACCAUUUUCUUUUCUUUCACACUAAGAACACGUUUGCGCUGCAAAGCUAGUGAGCAGGGACAACUGAAACACCGUCGUGUGUGUGCAUCAGGCUUGUGUACCUGAUGGCAGAUACUGACUUGAAUUACAAACUCAGGUUUAUUUGGAACCCAAUAAAAGGUUGGGGGAGGCAGGAAAGAGACAUGUAUUUUUUGUGAAAACCCAGUAAAUAUAUGUAAGAAUCAGAAUGAAAACAGAAAUGUUAAAUCUUUUAUUAUAUUUAUAGAGAAUAUAUGAGUACUACACUGCUAAAACAUAAACAUGUAUCCAGCUUAGACAGUAGCUAUGUACAGUCAAACCGCAGUGACCAUGUAAGGGACUAAUUGAAAUACAGUAGUGGAAAUUCCAGGGGAAAAAAAUGUAUUUGUUAUCAUUAUUAAAUAUAUGUACUUUUUGAACAAGA